UGUCGAUCGCACGCCGUCGUAACCGCCGCCACCGCKUGACUAUUCUGAAUUUUCGCCGCGACGUUCCGUACCGCAAUUUCUACCUUAUUUACGCGCUGCUCGUGACGCGUCAUUUCCCGGUGCACUAAUGCGUGAUAAGGGUAGUAGGUAUAUCGUUUUGAUUUUGUUUGUAUAAUUSGAAUUUGGAAUACAAUAUUUGAUCUUCGUAUGUCUACAAAACCUAAUAUUAUAUACCUAUAUUAUAUCGAUUCCGUUGUUUGAAAUAAUAAUGUAUAGGUACAUCGUGUGCGCUGUUAAAUCAUGCGUGCGCUGCAGAUUAUUCGACUGAAGAAAGCAAUAAUGUUGACAUUUAAUAUUAUAUUGCGUAUUGCACUAAUAUUACACUAUAAGACAUUAAAGUGUACAACUGCGGUGAUAUAUGUAUAAAAACUAUGAUAGUAUAAUAUAUAGGUAUUAUACUCGUAUACAUACAUAGGUACACACACGGGCAUAGCUUAAAUAAAUAGUAAGUCUAUAGGUACAAAACAUGCCUACAUAAUAUCACGCGACGAGUGCGUAACCGACCCGUAUCGAAACUACAAUAAUUAUUGUAAUAAAUCAAAUAUAUAUUAUAUAGUUACCUAUAUACAUACAUAAACAUAAUACCUAUAUUAUAUAAAUAUAUAUAUCAGUGAACUAUGCGGCGGUCGCCACCGCUUCUGCCGCCACCGUCAUCGUGCGCGAUUGAUACGACAUGCGACUCCGAGUGCAGUGACGAUCGAAACCUGCAGCAUUUUAACACUGUGACGGUGACGACGAUGGUCACGUGAUAAGCAUGCCGCGGCCGUGCAGAGAGACGUACGGCGACCAAAAGCCGCCGUACAGUUACAUAUCGCUGACGGCCAUGGCCAUAUGGAGCGCUCCCGAGAAGAAGCUACCGCUGUCCGACAUCUACAAGUUCAUCAGCGACCGUUUUCCCUAUUACCGGAAGAACACUCAAAGGUGGCAGAACUCGUUGCGACACAAUCUGUCAUUCAACGACUGUUUCAUGAAGAUUCCCCGUCGACCGAACCAGCCGGGUAAAGGAGCGUACUGGACUCUACACCCGCACGCCCUAGACAUGUUCGAGAAUGGAUCGUUUCUACGGCGCCGUAAGAGGUUUAAAUUGCCAGCCGCCGACCGGGCAUUGUUGGAGGCUACGUUUGGUAGGCCGUCAUCGUCAUCGGCCGCCGUCGCUGACUUUGAUACCGACUCGCCACCACUGCGCCCAUUGCCGGUCGGACUUCAGCUGCCACUGCCACUUCCGCCCUACCGCAAUAGCAAUAUCGUUAUGUCAGCGGACGGAGCGACGUCGCCGAUCGGCACCGAACAGUCUUUGUCACCGCCGUCGAUUCACACCGCCAUCGGCGGCACCACGGCGGCCGUCGCGACUUCCGCGUCUAUGGCCAACCACCUGCACCGGCAGCACAAGCCCAAACCGUUCACCAUCGAGAGCAUCAUCGCCCCGGGCGGCGCCUGCAGAAGACACUCGUCCGACGACGACCAUCGUCAUCACGACCGAGACGUCGGGGAUGACGAGGCCGUGCCACCGGAUGUUCAACGGUCGUCGUCGUCACCUACGCCACCACCGCCGACGCAGACUGAACGGCCUCAUCGCCGGUACCCGCCGCCGGUGAGUCUGCUACCGGGACAACCGCUUCAGCUAGCCGAUCAUCAUCACCARCAACAGUUCCUCCACAGUGCUCACCAUCACCAUAAUGGCGGUGGUAGCAACGGAUACGCGGAGUUGUACGCGUACCUGAUCCAACAACAGUCAUUCGCCGUGGCCACCGCGGCCGCAGCGGCCGCGUCUAGCAUAUUCCCAGGGCCGUCUGCCCCACUGCCACCGUUCCACUACAUGCCGCACCAUCACGUCAACACCGCAGCCGCCACCGCCGCCGCCGCCGCUGCCGUCUUGCCACCGUUCCCACAGCUUGCCAACUUUACGAACCUACACGACUGCGGUACGGCAAGUGUUUGGAAACAAUGGUUGGACCGUUAAAUUUUGCGAAGAGGAGACGAGACGAGGCAUGAAACUUAUUUUCAGUGUUUUAAAACUGUUUCAAAUAGACUUUUAAAUGGUAUAUUAUGUACAAAUAUACAUACUGUUGUAUAUUUUUUAUUAUAGCAUUUUAAUAUUGGAGCAAAUGUACGAUAUAAAACAAAUUAUUAUAUAAAACCUUUAAUGRUAAUCUGUGUUUAGAGAAAACAAUAUUCGUAGCUUUAAUAUAACAUUAUGAUGUAUAACUUACUAUAUAAUACAUAUAUAAUGUUUAGAAUCUAACCUAUAUAUUGUAUGUCUGUACAUUAUUAUAGUAUUGUAUUUUAUGCACUUAUGUUGUCCGUAGUGUUUCGAUGACGAUGUAGAUAACUCUAUCAGUUGUAAAUAUAAGUCUAAAAAACUAUUUAAGAAAUAUUCAAAUAUAGCAUAAUAAUAUUUUAUAU